CGAAUAAUAAACUAAUCUUGUCGAUGACGUAAACUAGUCAAGCAAGCUAAACAUGUCAAAAUGACCUCCUCCUAAUUAACCACAGUAUUUCCCUAAUUCGUACAACUAGCUAGCAACCUAGUUAAGUGUUUUCUUUUUCCGUUGUUUUAAAUUCUCAUUUUAAUAGCAUUGGAGAUUUGGAACCACCACAAAAGUUAACCGCUAAUGUUAGCUAGCAAGUCGGCUAGCCUGAAACUUCUAACUGCAAGCACGCCUGAUGUCUGCCGAGGCUUCCGCAGGGAGUGUGGCAGCUGCCUCCAUCCUCGCCACCCAGUCCUCUGGCCAUUGCAGCGAGGAGAAGGGGGUUGGAGGUGGUCUGGCGGGGAGUAAAUAUGUGAAGCUGAAUGUUGGGGGCUCCCUGCAUUACACCACAGUACAGACCCUGAGCAAAGAGGACAGCUUACUAAGGAGCAUGUGCAAUGGAGGAGCAGAGGUCACCAUAGAUUCGGAGGGCUGGGUAGUGUUGGACAGGUGUGGUCGCCAUUUUGGCUUGGUGCUGAACUUUAUGCGGGAUGGCUCGGUACCGCUUCCGGAGUCCCACCGAGAGCUGGAGGAAGUUCUGAAGGAAGCUCAGUACUACAGGGUCCAGGGACUAGUCCAGCACUGCACGUCUGCCAUGCAGAAACAAAGGGACGUCUAUGAGGGGGUUUGCCGCAUUCCCAUGAUUACCUCAACCAAAGAAGAACAGAGAAUGAUAAACACCUGCAGGAAGCCUGUAGUAAAACUACAGAACAACAGAGGGAACAACAAGUAUUCGUACACCAGUAACUCGGACGACAACCUGCUGAAAAACAUUGAGUUGUUUGAUAAACUGGGGCUGCGCUUCAACGGGCGCGUCCUGUUUGUCAAGGACGUGCUCGGGGACGAGAUCUGCUGCUGGUCCUUCUACGGUGAGGGCCGCAAGAUCGCUGAGGUGUGCUGCACAUCCAUUGUCUACGCCACUGAGAAGAAACAGACCAAGGUGGAGUUUCCUGAAGCCCGCAUCUUUGAGGAGACUCUCAACAUCCUCAUCUAUGAGAAUGGGCGUGGUUCUGGCCCGGGAGGCGUGGCCCUUUUGGAGUCAUCGCCUGGGGCCAGCCAAUCAGAGGAAGAGGGGGCCAGCGCAGGGGACCGAAGGGUGAGGAGGAUCCACGUGAGGAGGCACAUCAUGCACGACGAGAGAGGACACGGCCAACAGACUGUGUAUAAGGACUGAGAAAAAAAAUAAUGAACUGUGGUGAUACGGAGAGGAUAAAGAGAGGGAGUUAGCGGCAGGGUAAAGAUACAGGUUGUUUGGCGGCAGGGUGUUUGCAUGGAGAGGUUAGGGCGGAUGUUUAGUAGGGGUGGGUGGGACAGGUUCUUAUAUAAGGAAGCAGAUGUGGGACUUCAAGAUGCUUAUUAUCAAGGACUGAGAUAUUAUUUUUUGGUGCCCGAUUGGGAAAACAACCCCUAACCCAAAGGUGGGACUAAUACACUAAUGAAUGUGCACACUUAUGGGAGAAGGGUAGAGAGAAUUGGACCACAGCAUAGGUCUGCAAAUACCUAGGGGCUAGUUUGGGCUAUCUCCCGACCAGGUUUGUGUGGUGGUAACGUGACUGGAAGAUGUAGGGGUUCGCUGGUUCAACUAAGGUACUUUAACUGCACUAAAAGGGAACCGGGAUGGUGGAGUGGGGUGGUGGUAGUAGGUUAGAGGAAAUGAGACUGCUGAGCAUUGCUGGAUGUUUAUUCCUUUUGAAUUGGUUACUGUUGUAUGUAUUUGUCUAUUUAUUAUUAUUUGGUUAAUUUGUCCUUUUAUAUAACUUUAAAUACAUUAUUUAUUUAUUCUGUAUAGAUGUUGGUGGGAAUUGUAUGUGUUGAGGGUGCUGAUCUGAUUUGAUGUUUUGACCAGUUUACGCACUGAUCACUUUCCUAACCGACACUUGAUGCCAUGCUCAUCCAAUAUGUUGAGGCAAUGUCACGUAUGGUCAUGUUUAACUGCCAUGUGAGUUCAUGUUUACACAUUGACUUGCUAAAUCAUGUUUUAAUAUUUUUUGUCCAUGAUGCUACUGUGUCUAAUUGAAACAGGAUUUCAUGUUGUCUGAUGGUGAAAUCAGCCUUCAUUUGGCUCUCUAAAGUCUUUGUAUUCAAUUUGGUACAUAUACCUUCCUCGCACUAAAGUCUGAUCACAAAAAGCAAAAAAAUUAACAGGUGAAAUGUAGGAAGUGAUCUGAACCUGGGAAGUAUUUUUAUGUCCCGGUGGUUAUUGGACACUUGUUAACCCAUAGAAGCAUGUAAUCUGGCAGGUAAAUCUCACAUCCUAAUCCAUUUUUUUUUUUUUUUUAAGAAGUUUGGGGCAGUCCUGGAAUAAAACGCAUUUGCAAAGAAUUUUUUAAUCGAGGACUAGGGGCUUAAUCUGGGUCAAGAAAACCGUCCCAUAAUGUCUGCCAAGAUGCGCAAACCAUUUUUUCCCCCCGUCAAAUGUUCUUUAUGAUAUUGUAACUAUCUGGGGUUUUAGAUAUUUUAUGGACCAUCAACAUUCUCAAUAAAAGUCUAAAACCUG